AUGAACACUCUCUUCCAACAACGCUCGAAAAUCACCGCACUUUGCCACAUGGCAAUUCGUCGCUAUUCGAUCGAAAAUGUUCUUCCAAAGGACCUGAAAGUCGUCAAGAAUCCAUCGGAUUCUCAAAUUGAGCAAUUCCAAAAAUUGGUUGUUAGAGAUGGCGGGAAUGAGAUCCCGAUGCUCAAGGAGACAAUGAAGGAGCGAUAUCAUUUGUAUUUGUUGUGUCAGAAAGACUCCACCGUUGUCUCUGGCACUCAAUCGAUUAUCUACAAAUCUCUCAACCCAUCAACUCCCGAUUUUCAAGUUUUCGGUCUCUUUUAUCAACACGAGAACACUUUCAAUUUUCUACCCCAUCUGAUGUCUGAAAUGGCUGCAGAUCUCAAUUCAGUAUCAAUGAAUUCCGGUGGAUGUGUCGGUAGGAUAUUUGAAGACUCGAAAAAUGCGGCAAUCUGGCGAAAAGUUUUGCAUACCAAAGUUCGUGGAUCGACUUAUUAUGUCUCGGAUUACACUUCUGAUGAGGUCUUCAAUCCAGAAUUGGAGUUUGAUGACGUGGCAGUGAAGAAGUUUCAAGAUAUCCCAGCUGACGACAUCGUCAAGUACGACAACACCAUUUUCCCAUACCAACGCCAAGAAUUGCUCCUUGCCAAAUUCAAAGGCGGAAUCGGCCGAGUUGCCUAUGACAAGUCUGGAAAAGUCAUUGGAAUCGGUCUAGUUUCAUUCGACAAAUCUUCUGGAAACUGCGAGAUUGGUCCCAUCUAUUCUGACACUAAAAAUGCGGCCCAAGCAAUGUUCCAUAGUAUUUUGGGGGAGAUGAACGGGGGAUUCAAAGAGAUUCGUGUCCGCUGCAGUGACAAAUUUGAGGGUAGUGCUACAUGGGUCCGCCCAUUCCUUCGUCGUCGUCACGAAAUGACACCAUUCGCAUACGUGAAAUUCAAUCGUGUCAUUCCGGAUGGAUUGAAUAUGUCCAAGGUGUUCGUCAGCUCAAGUCCUUCUAGUGCACCGUGCUGA